UUUUAUUUUGAAGUCUUCGAUGUGUCUCGUUGAUUAGUCAGCUCUCAGCUUUACAACCGCUUCAGUGCUUUCUCUUGUUACCUGUAACAUUAGUGGAUCAGCAGCACUGAUGUCGUCGGGAGAAACACGUCUCCACAACUAGAUCAGUCAACGCGACAGGACAUGACACAUGGAUGUGAAACAGUGUGUGGAAUGACGAGCAGAGAUGAAAGGGCAAAUGAAAAUAUGAGUCAAAAUGAAGCACUAUUCAUUUCAGCAUCACAAAUGAAGAGAAAAACAAAGGGAAGAAACUAAAGGGAUGGAAGAACCUGCUUCUACUAACUGCUGUAAAGGGGGCCGAGAUAAGAAGACAGAGGCAGAACAGAGCCAACAAACAGAGGCUGCACAAAAAAGGGGAGCGAGGAGAUAUUUUAGUUUUGGGAACAUGCUGUGUUGUGGUAAGUGUAUUUCCUUCAAACCCACAGCUUCUAAGACAGAAGAUGCUGCUGGACAACCAGAUGAAGGAGGGACUCGGAUACAUAGACUUCAUUAUGGUCUGCGUAAUCAGGGCGCCACAUGUUACCUCAACAGCGUCCUGCAAGUUCUCUCCAUGACAACAGAGAUCCACGACAGGUUGGAUCCAACAACCCAACAAACGGAUCGUCUGCUGAGAAAUAUCUUUGAAGGCCUGAAGGAAGAAACAUGUGGAACAGAAACUAUCACAGCAGCAUUUGGGAUUCAAAAUGUUUAUGAACAACAGGAUGCAGCUGAAUGCUUGGACAUGAUUUUACGUCAAAUCAGCCCAGAGGCCUCUGAAGUUUUCCAAGGAAAGCUGAAACACACAACAAAAUGCUCCAAAGACCACAACAUCAAUGUAGAGACAAAUCCAUUCUGGACUCUUCCACUGUCACUAAUGGAUACCAAUGACACCAACUACAACGUGGAAAGGAGCUUUGAAAGGAUUUUCGAGUCUAAAUCAUUCACUGGAAGAAACUUGGUGUACUGCAACGAAUGUGAAAAGAAAACGGAGGCAAAAAGUGGAUGUGAGAUGGAGGUAUUUCCUCAGAUAUUGACUCUACUCCUCAAGAGAUUUGACUACAACACCAUGACACAUUUCAAAUCCAACCGCUGUGUGGAUGUGCCACGUGAAUUACAAAUAAAGGAUAAAAAGUACAAACUGUAUGGGAUGGUGAAUCACAUGGGCAGUCUAAGAGGUGGAUAUUACACGGCCACCAUCCUGUCCAAUGAGGACAAAUACUGGUACGAGUUUGAUGACAAUCACGUCUCCAAGGUUCGAAAACAGCCAUUUGCAGAAACCAACCAUUACUACUCAACGACUGCAUAUCUGCUCAUGUACAGAGCCAUUUCAGAAGGUCAGACAGACACCAUUAAGUGGAAAGAUCCAAGACAAGUCAAUGUGGAACACAAAGGAAACAUAGGAGACAGUGGUGCUGAUAACGAAGGGAAGACACAAACAGGACAGAAUGACGUACUUAUGGGAAGAAAUGAGGCAUUAAGACAUCAGACAGGAGGAGAGGAGGGUGAUGCAGAAAGUGUAGAGAGUGGUUUGAACACUGAAGUUACAUACCAGACUGAGCAUGCUGUUGGGUCUUUGCAGGAUGGGAAUGGGAAGGUAGAUAUGGAAAAAAAAUCACUGUGUGGAAGUUUUACUUCACACAAUGAACAUAAAGUAUCAGUCAGUGGAAAAAAACAUGACACAAUCUUGAAAGUUAGAGGGAACCAUGGCAGGAUGAGCGAAGUAAAAAGCAGUGGAGAUGAACGGGAAAAUCCCUACGUUAAAGUAAAAAGCACACAUUUUGGCAUCACACAAGCAAAAUCAAAGGAAAUGACAGGAGACGAUUCUUCCCGAAAUCGCAAAGAGAUGGAUUCCUGGAGAGUACAACUGCCUGAAGAGAAGAAGAUGUACAAGAAUAAUCAAAAAGGGACUUGGAAACAUAGACUUCAUUAUGGUCUGCGUAAUCAGGGCGCCACAUGUUACCUCAACAGCGUCCUGCAAGUUCUCUCCAUGACAACAGAGAUCCACAACAGGUUGGAUCCAAAAACCCAACAAACGGAUCGUCUGCUGAGAAAUAUCUUUGAAGGCCUGAAGAAGGAAACAUGUGGAACAGAAACUAUCACAGCAGCAUUUGGGAUUCAAAAUGUUUAUGAACAACAGGAUGCAGCUGAAUGCCUGGACAUGAUUUUACGUCAAAUCAACCCACAGGCCUCUGAGGUUUUCCAAGGAAAGCUGAAACACACAACAAAAUGCUCCGAAGGCCACAACAUCAAUGUAGAGACAAAUCCAUUCUGGACUCUUCCACUGUCACUAAUGGAUACCAAUGACACCAACUACAACGUGGAAAGGAGCUUUGAAAGGGUUUUCAAGUAUAAAUCAUUUUCUGGAAGAAACUUGGUGUACUGCAACGAAUGUGAAAAGAAAACGGAGGCAAAAAGCGGAUGUGAGAUGGAGGUAUUUCCUCAGAUAUUGACUCUACUCCUCAAGAGAUUUGACUUUGACUACAACACCAUGAAACAUUUCAAAUCCAACCGCUGUGUGGAUGUGCCACGUGAAUUACAAAUAAAGGAUAAAAAGUACAAACUGUAUGGGAUGGUGAAUCACAUGGGCAGUCUAAGAGGCGGACAUUACACGGCCACCAUCCUGUCCAAUGAGGACAAAACCUGGUACGAGUUUGAUGACGAUCACGUCUACAAGGCUGAUGGAGAAUCAUUUGCAAAAACGACUUACAAUACCAGCACUGCAUAUCUGCUCAUGUACAGAGCCUCAGAAGAAGACGAUGCAAAGGAGCAGCACGAUGAAACCAGUAAUCGGAAUGAAUGGAGGAGAGAUAAAGUGGAACCAAAAAGAAAUGCCAGAGACACUGCUGAUGAAAUGACAAUGGCAAAUCUGAAUAUAGAAGAAGAUGAGAAGUCUCCACAAUCCAGCAGGACCUCGGCAAACAUCAAGAAAGCCCUACCUUUGAUUUGUCUCAAUGUUUUUUGAUUGUGCUUUUAUUUUGAUACUUCCUAUUAUAUAUGAAAAAAAUCUUAAUAUAUAAUACUCAUGAUACAACCUACAGCAAAGUAAGCACUGACCAAUUAAUGUAAUUUAAAAGUUUAUGUGAUGAUAUGAUGUCAUGAGAUCAGUAAUCCCAUGCGCAGGUUUUAAAGGAAACUACAAUGAGACCAUCAACAUCAGUGUUCAAACAGUUCACCCCAAACACAGAGAAGUAAAGACAUAUGUCCUCACUCAGUCCUUUGGUGUUGGUAUUUAGUUAUGUGUUGUUGCUAUAACUUUGGAACACAAUCAGUGCAAAUGGAUUUUUGCAUUUGAUUAGUGCCGGAAGAAGGGUGAGGUGGGGGAAUGCCUGCUGGCCUGAUUGAAAUGGGCCAAAUCUAAAUAUAUAAUUUGACUUUUUAAAAGAACUUUGCUUAGGUUUUUUUUGUAAAAGGGCUUGUGGAUGCAGUCUGUUUUACUGUGGUUCAAGUAUGAAUAAAAAUAUGGUGAAUUUGAAGGAUAUACCUUCCUUUUUUCUUAUGACUGCGUGGCUUCACCUCAGCUAAAAGUUUAGCAGAGUUACUCAACAUAGCUAGCUAUAUUUUUAAAUUCUACUGCACUUAUAAACAGAGAGUCAUAUUUUACUUUUAACUUCAUAACAUUUAUUUCAGAGCUAAAGUUUUAAAUUUUCAUACAAAACAUCAGUUUAUAAAAAUGAUUAAACUCCAAAAAGUAUACAAACUAGUUCAAAUUAGCUUAACCUUGACCAACAGCAACAUUAAAUUACAGCUUACAUAUUUAAACAACACUAUCCAAUAUAAUCCAAUAAUAUAUUAGUAUUACACUGACAGUAGCCACUCUGCACUAUCAGUACAUGAUGUGCACUUUGUUUAUUGUUAUGAACAAAUCACAUAGCCAAAUUUAUUAUGUUUAAAGUACUUGGCAAUAAACCAUUUCUGGUUCUGAUUCUUAUAAUAAAAUAGUAUUAUACUGACAGUAGCCACUCUGCAUCAUCAAUACUUUUACUUUUGAUAUUUUAGGUACAUUUUGUUGCUGACUUUUUUUUGUAUGAUGGUAUUGCCACUUUAACUUAAGAAAAAUAUUUUAAAAUUCUUCUACCACUACUGACAGAUUGGCACAUUGGCACUAUUGGCACAUUCUGAAGAAAGUCAGAUAAGAGAUCAUUAUGUCCAUAGGCCUUUAUUAUUUUCUUUUCAGUUUUGACCGAACCUCAGUCUACUCAUUAAAAAUCUCAAAACUCAAGCCUUCAACCUGACUUAGUCUGCCCUAAAAUACUAUUAGAUACAUAUUAUAUGUAUGCAUAUAAUAAAUAUAAUACAUAAUGGUUAUACAACUGACAACUGCGUACAUCUUUGUAUUUCUAUCUCACGCUUCUUCUGAUUUUAUUGAAUGUAUUGUGUGUUUCUAUGUACUUUAUGUAGAAAAAAACAUUGUGUUUUUUUGCUCAUUGCUGUCUUUAUUAUGUGUACUGCACCUUGAGGCAUGCUUUGUGAUAGUGGGCAACAAUAAACUUUGACUUGUCUAGUAUAAUUUCAAUGCAAGUUUCAGAUUUUACUUCAGAAAAUGUCCUAAAUAGGUCAAUUGGUAAUGCUAAACAGUCUUCCUCCUACUGAUAUUGCCUUGCCUCGUGAGUGUCAGCCUGUGUCCUAAUCUGUCAAGGCAUAAGAGGUGCGUGUCAGCAGGUCUUAUUGUACUGUACAGUAUCAGCCAAACCCAGUUAUGUCCCCGCUGUUCUCCAGAAGUUAAGACACAUAAAGGUUUCUUAUCUCUAUGACUGUAGCAAUUAGAAAACCUUUGAGUGGGAAUGACGUGUCACUGUGGCUGCUUUCGGUUGUGAUUUUAGCACCAUUCAGCAGUUAAUCAUCAGUGUAUGAAUGAGUGUGAAUGGGUGAAUGAUUAGUAAUGUAAAAGCGCUUUGAGUGGUCGGAAGACUAGAAAAGCGCUAUACAAGUACAGUCCAUUACCAUUACCAUUACAAGCUAAAAAAUAAGCUUAAAAUUUCUUUGACCACUUCUGAAAGAUUAGCGCAUUGGCACUGUUGGCACAUUCUGAAGAAAGUCAGAUAAGAGAUCAUUAUGUCCAUAGGCCUUUGUUAUUUUCUUUUCAGUUUUGACUGAACCUCAGUCUACUCAUUAAAACUCUCAAAACUCAAGCCUUCAACCUGACUUAGUCUGCUCUAACAUACUAAUAAAUACAUUGUGUAUGCAUAUAAUAUAGUACAUAAUGGUUAUACAACUUACAAAUGUGUACAUCUUUGUAUUUUUAUCUAAUGCUUCUUCUGUUUUUAUUGAAUGUAUUGUGUGUUGCAAUGUUCUUUAUGUAGAUACAUUGUGUUUUUUGCUCAUUGCUGUCUUUAUUAUGUGUACUGCACCUUGAGGCAUGCUAUGUGAUAGUGGGCAACAAUAAACUUUGACUUGUCUAGUAUCAUUUCAACGCAAGUGAAAUGAUACUAAAAAUGUCCUAAAUAGGUCAAUUGGUAAUGCUAAACAGUCUUCCUCCUACUGAUAUUGCCUUGCCUCGUGAGUGUCCUAAUCUGUCAAGGCAUAAAGAGGUGCGUUUACUGCAGAACUUAUUGUACUGUACAGUAUCAGCCAAACCCAGUUAUGUCCCAGAAAUUAAAGCACAUAAAGGGUUUCUUAUCUCUAUGACUUACCAGCCUGAAGGUCCUCUCAGGUCAGAGUGGAAUAACGUGUCACUGUGGCGGCAUUCGGUUGUGAUUUUAUCAUUCAGCAGUUAUACAUAUUGGUCAAUUUUUUAUCGCAACAUAUAUUCAUAUUAUCAGUUUUGUUUUGUGAUAAGAAGCGUGUCACUCUUGAAAAUGUUGUUUUAUAACAGCCAGAAAGUACAGGUUGCUAUUUUGAGUUGAUACUUUCAGCCCUUUGGUCAGAUAGGGUUAAAGCCAAUAAGAAAAUAGUGAUGUUGUUGCCUACCUACAUUUACUAUUUACUAACAAUGAAAAGUAAAGUGUUUCUGGUUAUUUCUUUUGGUAAAUAUUUCCGAGUAAGGAAGAAGAUUUGCAAUAGGCUACAUAUAAAUUAUUAUUUUGAGAAGAUCCCUAAUCUGUGUGUGCAUCAUUUUAUUUAUGUAUGUUUGUUGUCUUAAUAUCAUCCCUUGAAAAAAUGUGC